GCAUGCGAAGUCGAAAUCAAUAAUCCACGCUCAAUUGAUUGGCGUCAAUUAACAACCUUACCCGGGCAAGUCGGGCAAUCACCAUGGACCCAUCAUGUAUCCGAAUCCACUUGGUCCACUUCAAUGUUCAAGUCGGUGUAUGUAUUAUGUCAGAUAAGUGUGGCUGAACAGACGUGUUGUGGCGGGUGUGCUCCUGGGCGGCGUCCGCGUUCCCGUCGACAUAGGCGGACAAGCUACGGAGUACCUGCUACCUACUAGUACCGCAAGAGCUCACCCUCCGUUCCACAGGCUGUCCGUCCUUCUCUAAACUGGCAGUUGUCCAUCUCCUUACUCGUCGGAUACUCUACCUAUUCUUUCGCGGCAUUUGCUCUGAAGAAAGAUAACCCGAACUCUUUUCUUUCACCUAUCAGAGCUGAUAGGACGAAAUUCUACCAAUUCGCCUUGCCGUGGCAGCAACUAUCUGUCGUCAUCCAAUAUGGCGCUCGACAAUUAUUACCGCAACAAGAUUGAGAGCAUGAAGCUCGAUAUUAUCCAGGGCCAGGCUGUUCUUAGGCGACUCGAAGCACAACGUAAUGAUUAUAAUUCACGGGUACGCCUACUUCGGGAAGAGCUAGGCCUACUCCAGCAGCCCGGCUCGUAUGUUGGCGAGGUGGUCAAGGUCAUGAGCACUAAGAAGGUUCUUGUCAAGGUCCAUCCUGAAGGCAAAUAUGUGGUGGAUAUCGCGGAUGGCGUCGAUAUUAGCAAAUUGACAGUUGGAAAGCGAGUUGCGCUGCUCUCUGACUCAUACAAAUUGGAAAAAAUGUUGCCCUCUUCGGUUGACCCCCUGGUGUCGCUGAUGAUGGUCGAGAAAGUACCUGACAGUACAUACGACAUGAUCGGCGGUCUCGACCAACAGAUCAAGGAAAUCAAGGAGGUGAUUGAGCUGGGCCUAAAACAUCCAGAGUUGUUUGAAUCACUUGGUAUCGCACAGCCGAAGGGCGUUCUCCUUUACGGCCCUCCAGGAACCGGCAAAACAUUACUCGCCCGUGCUGUCGCUCAUCACACAGACUGCCGGUUCAUUCGAGUCAGUGGCUCAGAGCUAGUGCAAAAGUACAUCGGUGAGGGAAGUCGCAUGGUUCGUGAGCUUUUCGUUAUGGCACGAGAGCACGCCCCGAGUAUCAUCUUCAUGGACGAAAUUGAUAGCAUCGGGUCAAGCCGGAUUGACUCGGCGGGAUCGGGCGACUCGGAAGUACAACGGACGAUGCUGGAGCUUCUCAACCAGCUUGAUGGCUUUGAACCUACGAAGAAUAUCAAGAUUAUCAUGGCUACUAAUCGACUCGAUAUAUUGGAUCCGGCCUUGCUGCGCCCUGGUCGCAUUGACCGCAAGAUUGAGUUCCCUCCGCCGUCGUAAGUCGCUGACCCAUGUUCCAGGAUCUCAUACUUGCUGUCCCUGCUGCUGAGAUCGUGAUAUCGCAUUACUCGUUGGCUGACCAAGAUUCUCCUCAAUGACAGGGUGGAAGCUCGUGCCGAUAUUCUACGGAUUCAUUCGCGCUCGAUGAACUUGACUCGAGGCAUCAACCUUACAAAAAUCGCAGAAAAGAUGAAUGGAUGCUCUGGAGCCGAGCUUAAAGGCGUAUGUACGGAGGCGGG